AUGACCCACCGCCGCCCCAUUCUCCUCUUCCUCCUCCUCCUCCUCCUCACCGCCUUCUCCACCACCACUUCAGCUCAGCCGCAGCAACCUCCUUCCCGACUCCUCGACAACCGCCGAUUCGGAUCCCCAUUCAACGCCUCCUACUACACCCCCUUCGCCGUCGUCUCCCCGGCGACGAUCUCCAACGGCGCCCUCCAAAUCACCCCGGACUCCGCCGGCCAGUUCAACCUCUCCCACCAAUCCGGCCGCGUCCUCUUCAACCAGUCCUACAAGCUCUGGGACUCCGACGACGGCCGCACCGCCUCCUUCAACACCUCCUUCCUAAUCAACCUCUUCCGCCUCGACGAUUCCCCAGUCCCGGGCGAGGGCCUCGCGUUCCUGAUCGCCCCCUACAUCCUCCUGCCCGCGGGCAGCUCGGGGCAGUACUUGGGCCUCACCAAUUCCACCACCGACGGCGACCCCGCCAACCAGAUCCUCGCCGUCGAGCUCGACACCUUCAAGCAGGAUUUCGAUCCGGAUGACAACCAUUUGGGGAUCGACAUUCACAGCGUGAGGUCGAACAAAACGGCGUCGUUGAGCACCCUCGGGAUCGAGCUGGCCCCAGCUGGUGCCAAGUUCUACGUCGUUUGGAUCCAAUACGACGGCGUGAGGAAGAGCCUCGAGGUCUACAUCGCGGAGAACGGGUCGGGUCGGCCCGCCCGGCCCGCAAUCGAGGCGGCGGAUCUGGAUCUGAGGGGGACCGUGAGCCAGUACUCCUACUUCGGGUUCGCCGCCUCCACGGGGAACAACACGCAGCUCAACUGCGUGCUGAGCUGGAAUCUCACGGUGGAGCUGCUCGACCCGGAGGAGGAAGUUCCCUCUCCCGCGGCCGCCGCCGGCGGAAGCUCCGGGGUGAAGAUUGGAGUUGGAAUCGGAGUGGCGGUUCUGGCGGUUGCGGUGGGGGGAGUGGUGGCGGCGUGGUGGUGGUGGAGGAGGCGGAAGGCGGCGGCGGCGGAUCCGAAACUGACGGGGGCGCUGAAGAGUCUGCCCGGGAUGCCGAGGGAGUUCGAUUUCAAGGUUUUGAAGAAGGCGACGAACAAUUUCGACGAGAGGUUGAAAUUGGGGCAAGGAGGGUUCGGGAUGGUGUUCAAAGGAAUUUUGCCGGAGGAGAAUGUUCCGGUGGCCGUGAAGAAAUUCUCGAGGGAGAAUAUCAAAGGGCAGGACGAUUUCUUGUCGGAGCUCACCAUUAUCAACCGGCUCCGGCAUAAGCAUCUCGUCCGGUUACUCGGAUGGUGCCACAAGAAUGGAAUGCUACUCCUAGUCUACGAGUACAUGCCAAAUGGCAGCUUGGACAAGCAUCUCUUCGCCGGAGAAAACGACCAUCACAACCACCACAACUUCCAAAAACACCCACCAACCCUCCAAUGGAAGCUCCGGUACAAGAUCGUCACGGGCGUCGCCGCCGCCCUCCACUACCUCCACCACGAGUACGACCAGAAGGUCGUCCACCGCGACCUGAAAGCCAGCAACGUCAUGCUCGAUUCGACCUUCAACGCCCGGCUAGGCGAUUUCGGCCUGGCUCGGGCGUUGGACAACGAAAAGACGUCCUACGCCGAGCUGGAAGGUGUCCCGGGGACGAUGGGGUACAUCGCCCCCGAGUGCUUCCACACGGGGAAGGCCACGUGCGAAUCCGACGUGUACGGGUUCGGUGCGGUCGUGUUGGAAGUCGUGUGCGGUCAAAGGCCGUGGACCAAAAUCGGUGGAUUUCAGUUUCUGGUGGAUUGGGUUUGGUGGCUUCACCGCGAAGGGAGGAUUGUGGAAGCCGUGGAUAAGAGGCUUGGAGGGGAUUUUGUCGAGGAGGAGGCCAGGAGGCUGCUUUUGCUUGGGCUUGCCUGCUCGCAUCCGAUUGCGGGCCAGAGGCCCAAGACGCAGAAGAUCUAUCAGAUUCUGAGUGGGUCCGUUGAGGUGCCGAGGGUGCCGCCGUUUAAGCCCGCGUUCGUUUGGGCCCCUGCGGUGGGCCCGGACGGCGACGGGGAGAAUACUACGACGAGUAGUAGUGUGAUGACGAUGGACGCGACGGCGGAUACGACGCCGAUUACGUCAGGGUGGUCGGCGGAGUGUGUUAGUCCGACGAGUUAUUACGGUGGAGAAGGGGAUACGACGAAUACCAACAGCUUUUCUCCGGUUUGA